UUCUCUUGUACGGGCACCACCCGGCAGCCGUUAGAGGAGAGCUUAUGAGGGUGACCCGCCUAAAUGUUCCUGUAAAUGCUGUUUUGGUAUCAUACCGAAUGCCGAUUAUCGCUUCCGAACUUUGGUCGCGGAAUUGUAUUUGAGCUUAGACGGAGGUCGAUUUACGGCCAGAGCCGGCCUUAAUAAACGGAUAUCCCCCGCCAACGGCCCGUCGAUUUCUAUCGCCAUUGUCGGCUCAAGUUCUCUCUCAUAACAUCUCUUCCUUUCUUACUCUCUGGUCUGUGUCUGGAAGAAAGAGCCCUGGCGCAUGAAGCUCAAUUAAUCGUACAAAUAAGCAUAUACUAUAGCUACUCUCCUAACCGACAGCAGGGUUGUCGACACUGAAGCUAUUCCCAACCUUCUCAUCCGUCCUCUCCAAACACACAUAUCAUGUCUUCCUCAGCUUUUCGGUUACGGACCCUCCGAGCCUUUGCUCGCAAUCCCACCAACCCUAAUGCCGUCCUCGCACGAUCCUUCUCGGCAACCGCUCGCCGCGCCGAGAUCAACAAGGUCUUCCCCUCUGCCAAGGAAGCUCUCAAGGACAUGAAGCCCAACACAACCCUUCUCUGUGGUGGUUUCGGUCUCUGCGGUGUUCCUGACUCUCUCAUCAACGAGGUUCUUGAGAAGCCUGAAAUCAAGGGUCUCACAGCCGUCUCCAACAAUGCUGGUACCGACAACUUUGGUCUCGGCAGACUUCUCAAGACUAAGCAAAUCCGCAAGAUGAUUGCUAGCUACAUUGGCGAGAACAAGACCUUUGAAAAGAUGUACCUCACUGGUGAGGUCGAGCUUGAGCUGACCCCUCAGGGAACUCUCGCUGAGCGAUGUGCCGCUGGUGGUAAGGGUGUGCCCGCCUUUUACACCCCUGCUGCCUUUGGCACAGUUGUUCAGACUGGUGAUCUUCCUCUGCGCAACAAGCCUGAUGGUUCUCCUGAUGUCUACUCUUACCCCAAGGAUGUCAAGGUCUUCAAGGGAAAGUCUUACCUUCUGGAGGAGAGCAUUGACGGUGACUAUGCCUUCGUCAAGGCCUACAAGGCUGACAAGCUUGGUAACUGUCAAUUCCGUCUCGCUGCCCACAACUUCAACGGCGCCAUGGGCCGCAACGCCAAGAUGACCAUUGUCGAAGCUGAGCACAUCGUUGAGCCCGGUGAGAUUCCUCCUGAGGCUGUCCACCUGCCCGGUAUCUACGUUAAGCGUGUCAUUCAGAGCACGGAGGAGAAGUCGAUCGAGAAGUACACCUGGGCUAAGGACCCUAACGACCCCGAGGCUACCAAGGCCCUCGGUUCUGGUGACACAGCUGCCAAGCGUGAGCGCAUCGUUCGCCGUGCUGCUAAGGAGUUCAAGAACGGCAUGUACGCUAACCUGGGUAUUGGUAUGCCUAUGCUCGCCCCUGGCUUUGUCGGUCCCGAGGUCGAGGUUCAGCUCCAGUCUGAGAACGGUAUCCUUGGCCUAGGCCCCUAUCCUCAAAAGGGCCAGGAGGAUGCUGACCUGAUCAACGCUGGCAAGGAGACCGUUACUCUCAAGCCCGGUGCUGCUGUCUUCGGUAGCGAGGAGAGCUUUGGUAUGAUUCGCAGCGGCCGUAUCAACCUCACUAUCCUUGGAGCUAUGCAGGUCAGUGCCACUGGUGACCUUGCCAACUGGAUGCUUCCCGGAAAGGUCAAGGGCUUCGGUGGUGCCAUGGAUCUUGUCAGCAACCCCAGUGAGACCAAGGUUGUUGUGACAAUGGAGCACACAGACAAGAAGGGCAACCCCAAGAUUGUCAAGCAGUGCGCGUUCCCUCUGACUGGACGUGCUUGUGUGUCGAGGAUUAUUACUGAGCUGGGUGUGUUCGAUGUCGACUUCGCCAACGGCCUUACCCUUAUCGAGAUCGCAGACGGUGUCACAGUUGACGAGGUCAAGAGCAAGACAGAGGCUCCCUUCCACGUCGCCGAGGACCUCAAGCCCAUGCUAUAGAUGACGCAAAUAAAAGAGAAGGAACGAUAUUACGAUUGGAUACCAUAGCGCACGGUCAUGUGAAAAGUCUUUUGAAGAAGGAUUACCCGGCUUUGAGAUAACAAGGUUGCGGAUUGGAAAGAGGGUCUGAUGGCUGAAGCCAUCACAUCAGAGGGCGGCCGUUACCAGCCACUGUUUGAGCGGCUUCGCUUGUUCCCGUUGAUGCAUGGGAAAACGAUAAGCUUGUUCAGACGGUGUUUCCGCGAGGGAGUACAGUUAAAGAUUUUAAGCGACAAACAAUAUAAAAAAUUCAAAAUAACCCAAUGAGAGACUACAUGUGCCAUACUUGAUUAUUUUUCUUUGGUUUAUGCACAAAAGUCGGCUCAUCAACUAUAGGUAGGUAGCUCCUUCUUGUCGGUGUUAGAGGUAGUGAAACGCACCUCAGGGAGAAAGAAAACUUCUGAUAUUAAAUCAGGGUGCCAAAAUAAACUGGUCUAGAGGCUUACUAAGAUAUACUAAAC